GGCACAAAGUAGGCACCCACCGCUGCCUCAGGGGAGUGGAAACAGCAGUGGCAUUGUGAGAUUCAGUUGCUGGCACUGGGAAGGGUGGUGUUCUGGUAUGAUUUCUGGUGCCAGAAUGCCUUUGGGGAGAAAAGUGAGGCCAAGUUCUGCUUCAGGACACUUAGAAACAUCCACACUUAGCAGGUAAGAGGUGAGGGGGGGUGGAGAGGAUUUGUUAAAAAAACCUCUCAAUGCAUAUAAAUUAAAAAAACCAUUACCGGCUUUAAAAAAUAAUAAUAAAAGGGGUUUGGGUGCAGACUGAGUCCAAGAGUGACUGCAGUGCUGAUCAGUAUUGUUUGGAAGCUAUUUGCUUGUUGUCAGGGAACCAAAUGCUGUUCUUUUGCUUUCUUAUAAAUUGUCAAAAUUUUCAAACCUUUAACGCGAACAGUUCCUUCCCUGAGACACGAUCGCUUCACAUUUCUAUCGCCUUGGUGAAUUCUGUAUCACUAGUGCACAUUCUUGCUGCGAAAAUCCUUUUUUGUUUGUUUGCUUGUUUUGUUUGCUCAGUCUGCUUUGCUUGGGAACGUGCAACGGAUUAUAAUUAGCUGCUCUCACACACCAGUACUGCCUGAGAAGGAGAGCUCCUUGACUUGGUUUCUUAGAACAAGAAAGAUAAAACAAGGCUUAACUUUUGCCAUAUAAAAAUCAAAGAAAUAAAUAAUAGCAAUUUUGGGAGGGAGGGGGUGAUUGCAAAGGAACAGUAUUUCCUUAGUCAAACUACCAAUUAUAUGCAAUUAGAUUCAUGGCAUGGAAUGCACUUUGUGGAACACAUAGCCCUGUGAUGGCCUGGGACUUGGGCUCGGACUCGGAACCAGAGGAGUCUCAGUCCGCACCGGAUCCUUUGCCUCAGGCAUCAUCUGAACCAAGUCUGGGGCCUGAUCCUGAAGAGUCCCAGUCUGUACAGGUUCCCCUGCAACAAACCCCAGCUGGGCCGAGUCAGGGGCCUGAGCCUGCCCUGGCUCCAGAUGCGGGGAUUACCUCAUUGCCUCCAGCUGGGCCAUCACUUACAGCUGCUCCACUACCGGUUUGGUCAGGGGAGGCGGCCCCUGGGUCUAGUAACCCACCAACAUCUCCCGAGCUGCAGAGACUGAGGCCUGAGAGAAGGAGAGACCUGAGUACUUGCAGGAGGAGUGCUCACCUCUGGGCAAAACAGGGAGGUGAGUCACCGGGGGAUCAGGACCGGCCGCUACUCCGACAAAGAUAAAUGGCUCUUGGACCCCGCCCCAGGUUGUGGGAGCAACGUUGCUCUAUGCCAGAUCCUGCCUGAGAUCCUGUACCUGUCCUUGUCUGUUUUCCUGCCUUGGCCCUGUCGGACUGACUCCUAGCGGAACCUUCAGAUUCUGGUCCAGUCCUGGACCGCAUUUCAUGGGUUACCCACUGGGCCCAGCACAAGCCCAACACCCUGCAAACAAAAGAGACCCUAGAAUUGUAGAGUUGGAAGGGGCCUUGAGGGUCAUCUAGUCCAACCCCCUGCAAUGCGGACAUCUCAUCUAGAUCAUAAAUGGCAGAUGGCCAUCCAACCUCUGCUUAGAAACCUCCAAGGAAGAAGAGGCCACCACCUCUCAUGGGAGUCUGCUCCACUGUCUAACAGCUCUUACUGUCAGAAAGUUCUUAUUUCAGAAUCUUGCUUAUAACUUGAAUCCAUUGGUUUCAGUCCUACCCUCCCUAACAGAAGCAUGGGGCGGGGAAUACAAAUCCUGUUCCCCUUUCCUCUUGAUUAUAUUAAGGUUUGAAGUAUUGCUAAGAGAAGAGCCAGCAAUCAUCAAGCAUCAUGGAUCGAGUGUUCAUAAACCAGUUAUAACAGUGUUAUACAAUUGUUUUCUAUAUGCAACUGUUUUAUAUCUAAAUUUUUUUUAUAAAAAUUAUAAAAAAAACAGUUUAAAACAGCAGCACAUGCAUAAAAUCAAUUCAAUUCCAAGACAGAUGCUGAGAUGGAGAUUUUAGAAGGUGUGUUAAUUUCUCUAUGGGCAUUUGAUGCGGUUUGAAUCUCUCUGUGUCUCUGCUGCUUUCAUUGUUUCUCAGUUCUUUUCUGGGAGGUGGGAACAGAACAGUAGCCCACUACUUUUCUGUUUGUUUUUGUAGAGGCAUAGUUUUGACAUGUAAUUUGCGCCCCAUUGCAACACUUUGACACACUCCCAUUAUUAUCCUUCUCAUCAGCAUCCUUUUAGCAGCAUGUUUUUUUUGGGGGGGGGGUACAAAUGGCAACAAAACACUUUUUCACCUACUUAAUUUUAUUUAAUUUUGCAAAUGUUUUCAAAUGGAUAAGUGUCCCUAGCAUUUUUUUAAGCACACUGCUAAAAUGGCAUGGUUAGGCACACAUUUACUCCUGUAGCCACACAACUAUGCUACGCCCACUAGUAUAGUUAUAACAGCAGGAUAUUCGCACACAAAUAGCGCCAUGCUCAUAGAACGAUGGAGAGUCACUUGUAAUUAUUUUUGUAGCUUAUAGUGGAAAAUCAAUGACUAGGUAGCACUAAAACUACACAUUCUAGAAGCACUCCCAAUUUAUCGCCUAGCCUUUGUCCAAUGCUGCCUCCUUGUGAAUUUAAAUAGAUUAGCAUUUAUUGUUUUCGUCUCUGGGAGAGUUGCACAUAAGGCAGCCAGCCGUACAACACUAUACACUAGUUUCCAAGUUGGCCGUCUCUUAUGGUACCCAACCCAGGAAAUUAGGGUUGUAUUAAAUGACGCUGCUUAGCUGACAUUAAGACUUCCAACCCCAUUGGACACCAGCCAAGACCAGCUUGUUGUUGACUUGUCCAUUUACAUUUAAUCUUCUCCAGCACAUGUCACGGAGGCUGACAAUAAGCAGAAAUAUUUGUAUGACUCACCCACCUUGCCCCUACAAUCCUAUUGCCCAACCAGUUACUCUAGGUAUGGUUUAAUAUCGGAAAUGUCCAGAUUUGAGACAUGUUAAUGUGUCUUCUCUUUUCUGCGGUGCCAUUGUGCAGGUGCUUUGAGAAUCUGAGUGAUUCACUUCACCUUGUUAUGCCCUCCCUUUCCCUCCCCUCCCCAUUUAAUCACAUGAUAACUGAAAAAUGUGAGGGUUAUAGAUGGAUAGAGUUGUGUCCCUGUGUUCGCACUACAGUGGUACCUCGGGUUACAUACGCUUCAGGUUACAUACGCUUCAGGUUACAGACUCCGCUAUCCCAGAAAUAGUACCUCCGGUUAAGAACUUUGCUUCAGGAUGAGAACAGAAAUCGUGCUCCGGCAGCGCGGCAGCAGCGGGAGGCCCCAUUAGCUAAAGUGGUGCUUCAGGUUAAGAACAGUUUCAGGUUAAGAAUGGACCUCCGGAACAAAUUAAGUACUUAACCUGAGGUACCACUGUAUACCGUUCAAGCACAUUUCCACCCUCAAAUACCUCUGGGCGCUGUAGUUUACCCCUCACAGAGUUACAAUUCCCAACAAUGCUUAAAAAACUACAGCGUCCAGAAUUCUUUGAGGUGAAAAAUGUGAUUUAAAGUAAGGUUACCAGACGUCCCUGUUUCCCGGGGAAAAGUCCCUGGAUUUACACUUCAGUCCCCAUACAAAAUCCAUUGAACUUGAAAAGUGUCCCCGGAUUCACUGAAACAAAUCUGGUAACCUUAAUUUAAAGGAAUUGUGCGUGUGCAUAAGCUGUAACUUGUAAAGGAAGCUGUUACCUCAGUCUGGAAACAAUCUACUGUUGUUUCUACUGUUACUACUGCUACCGCCAGCAACUAAUAAUUAAUGAUAGGUAAUUUAUUAUUAAGAGAUAGUUCAUUAAUAAUAAUAAUAGCAAUGUCCAUGCCUGCCUUCUGGUGUUUGUGCUCUGACAGCAUUCUAAAUGAGUUGAGAGAGACGACAGAUACAACAGACCUUCUGUUUCGACGUGCGCAGACUUCAUUAGGAGGGCGCAGGUUGCCAGCUGCGUCUCCAGUUUCCCUUAGCAGUUUUUCAGAAGCUCGGGAGGAGGAGAUAGAGCAGCUUCCAGAAUGGCUGCUGAGGGAGCUGCUGAAAGGGCAGCAGAGGAGUCACUCCAUUGGACUCAUGGAAAAUAUACUGGAGAGCGAAAGCGUUCACCAUCGCGUUGACUCAUCCAGAAGCCAAUGGAAAGGAAAGGUAUAGUGAAUUCUCUUGCUGGGCUCCGAAGGGCUUUUCAAAAUGGUAAAUGCUAUGAGAGGACGAGGAGAUUCUGAAUUUGUUGGAUGACAAUGGGCUCGCUGGCUUUCCAUGAUGUCAGAGACCAGUUCCCUCUAUAGAGUCAGUUAGAACCGCACAGCACACAUUGCAAUCUCCACUGAAAGCCACUUUGCAGACACACUCCCAACAACCACCUGGAACAUGAAACAAAGAGACAGAGGUUCAUACACCAUGGUUCCAACUACUUGCAAACAUUAUGGACAAGGUAGGAAUCGCUUGGCAUGGGGAAGCCUUUUCCCCCACAGCAUCCUGAUAGCAUAUGCUCCAGGUCUGGUCCUAUCAUUAGGCAGAAUGAGGCAGCUGCCUCAGGUAGCGGAUGAUGUAAGGCGUCAUCUAGUGGUAGUGGGGUUUUGGAGGACUGGGCUGUGUGCCAAAGUGGCUCACUGGGUGGGGUGGAGCUGCUACACUAGCUUCCUGGCAGGUGAGUCACAGUGAUUUACUGGGGGGGGGGGGAGGAGCAAGGCUGCGGGAACAUAGGUUGCAAUGAACUGAAAGGUGUCCUCAAGUAACCUUAAAUCCAUGAGCACCUCCCAAGUCCUAAAAGGGGCCCAUGUGCAUCAUCAUUUAAUUAUUCCAUUUUUAUUUUUAUUUUUGUCUUGGCAAGAUUGAGCAGCAAGUAACUCUGGAACAGCUUCAAAAGCUACAUGUGGCCUUUCAGGUAUGACCAUCCCAAUGAAAUCAUAUCAGUGUAUAUUAUUUCACUGAUAAUGUAUAUCAUUUCACUCUGUAUAUUGUUUCGCUGUUAACAUAUUGACUGGAAACAAACUGUUAUCCCAUACCAAUUACAGAAGGACACCUAUUUAACUUGCAUUUAUGCCUCAGAAAGUUUGGAGUAAGAAAGUAUUGAGAAAGUGUGUUCAUGAAUUUUGUUAAGAGAUUUGUGUCUGCAAGAGAGCAAUGUAAUAAUUACUGAUGUAAUGCAAUGCAAGAUAAAUAUCAGUUCUGAUCAUAGCUGUCAACAUUUCCCUUUUUUUAAGGGAAAUUCCCUUAUUCCGAAUAGGAUUCCUCACAAGAAAAGGGAAAAGUUGACAGCUAUGGUUCUGAUAUGUUAGCUUGCAAAGAUAUCUCAAGCUGGGCUUUGUGGGCCCUGUGUCCAGCCCUCACCUGCAUCCAUAUCCUUGUCCUCUCCUCUCUUCCCCAUGCACUGUAGUCAACCAGGUGCUGUGGAACAUAAGAGUCUCCUGGAGCAGGUCAAAGUCUCAUCUAGUCCAGCAUCCUGUUGUCACAGAGGCUAGCCAGAUGCCUCCUGGAACCUCUCAAGUAGGACCUUAAGUCAGGUCUUAAGGUCCAAUGCAUCUUAAGGUCCAAUCACAUCCUUAGGGUUAGAUGCAUCAAACAUCUCUUGGGAGUUCUGGUUUCAUGGACUUCUAAGGGUUCUUUAUGAGCAAAGUACUGACAAGUGUCUUUGACAUGGAGUAGAGAGAGGCUUUCAGCAAAGUCUGUUAAUAGCCACUUCUGAAUGAGUGAGAAGCAUAAUGAGUUUUUGUUUGGCUUGCUUAUGUGCCUUUAAUAAAAGAAGCAGCGAUCAGCAGGCAAAUUGUAUUAUGAUGACCUGGCAUGAAAUGUUAUUACUUGCUAAUUACUGAACAUCAAACUGCUGUUAAAGUGACAGCCACAGAGCAGGAUCAAAAACCGGCAAACCUAGAAGUGAAUCAGGUCUGCCUUGUGACAUCGAAAGCAGCUCAGGGACAGGGUCCCCAGGAACCCCAAUACACUGAGAGUGUCUACCCAAUUUUGGGCAAAGACAUGAGAUAUGAAUGCAAACAUUGUGCUUUAUGUUUGCAUUCAGGUUUGAUCACAAGUUUGAUCUGCCCAGGGAGAAAGAAAUAGUACCAGAAUGAGGCUCUCUUGGCAAGUCUGCUGCUUUAUAAUAGCACACUAUAUUACCUGUUGCUUUAUCUGCUUCCAGGACUUAGAAAUUAAUGGACAUAAGUAUUUGGAUGUGGAAAACUUCAAGCGCACGUUGAAGAAAUGCAUGGGGUCACAAAAUGCAGUAAGCAAAGCACAGUUUGAAAACCAUACUGCAAUGGCUUAAUACCAUAGAUGAGAUGGAAUGGGGAGAGGGGGAGGGGAGCACUUUCUGUCCUGUAUUUAGGCUCCAGUGCUCUACGCACUGGAGUAAGUCAGUGUAGCUUGCAUCAGUGUAGAAAUGCACAGGAUUCUACUGUUAGCCUCUGGCUUCCAUGCCCUUAAUCUUUGUUGGUGCCACCAUUUGGGGCAGUUCAUAUUUGCUGGAUUGAAGCUAGAAACUACCUCAUGUAACCUUGACCGUUUGUGUGUUGAAGGUUGUUGUGUACAUCCUUUGCUCCUACAGAGUGAUGAACAAAUAGAAAAGCUUUUCAUGAAAAUUGACUGUUCUGCAACUGGCAGAAUUCGUUGGGUAAGUGUGUAUUGGAAACCCCAGUAAGCGAUAAUUAAUUAAUUGCUUAAAAUAGGAUGUGACUAUGAAUGAGGAGUACAACGCUUAUUGGAAUGAGUGAAAAGAUGAUACCAAGUCACGGAAUAUGCCUCUGAAACAAAGAUAUUAAUGUGUUUCUCUAUAAAACAGGGCACUUGCAUCCCCAGAUGUUGCUGAACUACAAUGUCCAUCAUCCCCAACCACUGGUCCUGCUAGCUAGGGAUGGGACUUGUAGUCCAACCACAAUUAGGACCCCAAGGUUGAGAAAGGCUAAAGUAUGCUACGAUUUCCCUUGCCGCACGAGGUGUUAAGGUUUGGCAGGUGGAGGGGCUGGUUCUCCCAAAUUUCUCCUCCAACCAUACACAUGUAUAAGAUUGCAUUAUCAAUGUGAAGUUUCAUCCUUAAAGUGUGGACACUGAACUUCUUAGUGAUACAACAAGGGUCCUGCUUUCUCCCUUAGUUGGUACCUCACAAUGCAUACAUUACCAACAUUAGUUGGCUCCAUUUUAGCAGUGAUGUGUUUAUGAUGGCAUUGUUCCUAGGAGUAAGCCCCAUUGAACACAGCAGGACUCACUUCCAAGUACAUACGCAUGGGAUCUGGCCUCUUGAGCACUGAGACAAUGACUGUCACCUUUUUCCGCCCCAGCAUGACUUCUGCACAUACAUGCAGCUGGAAUAUGCUGAACAACAUGAGUCAUCUGCCCGGUUGAAAGCGGUCUCUUUUGCACUACCUGCCACCAUAAAGGAGAUCCCACAUGGAGAGCCUGUGCUGAAAAUUUGCUCGCUGUUGGAUAGCACAUUGAUAACAGCUCGAGAAGACGGACAUAUUUCCUUCUGGUCACCACAGCUCAAGCUGAUACGAAGCAAGAUGGUGUUUGUAUGUCACAUUUUCUCAUGUCAUAGGUUCUGGGAUGGCCGGUUUUACUUAUUUAUUCAUUCUCCAAGGACCUCAAAAUGGCAAACAUGGUUCUCCCUCUCCUCAUUUAUUCCUCACAAAAGCCCUGUGAGGUGGGUUAUGCUGAGAGGCAGUGACUGGCACAAGGCCUGCUUAUUUAUUUUGGUUUAUAUGCCCUAAGUUCUGGCAAGAUUACAUUUUAAAAGUUCCUCCUCAUUCACCUGAACUUCCUUAACAUAAAAGGUUUGUGUCCUCCAGUCUUCUACCCAGGACUGUCUGUACCUCAGCUACUUUUAGUUCAAUUUUCCUUUGAAAAUAUGAGAGCCACAGUAUUCAUGAUUCAGGAAUGAUUGCUUAUUUCCCUACCCCCACCCCUUACAUUUAAAUCCUGCCUGUUUUUCAUCAUGGAACCCAAGGCAGCAUACUUGUGUGUGGCUCCAAUGCAGUCCCCCAUCCAAACCCAGAUCUACAUUGCUUCAGCAAGAUGGUGGCCUCAUGUGCCUUCAGACCAUACCUUGGAGUUAGCAAGCAAUACUUAACUUCUUGCCUUUUCUCUUUUUUAAGGAGAAAGCCUACAGAAAAUCUAAGUGGUUGAUGGAUUUCACUGUCAUGACACCAUAUAAUAAGUUGAUAUUGGGAACUGGGUAAGUGCCCUAUGCGCAAAAACUCAAAUAAAAGCCAGUUACCAAUAUAUUUUUUGUCCAAAGCUUUGGGGUUGACUGGAGAAAGCUGCAUAAACAAAGCAGUUUGGGAUCUUGGCCAGCAUUACAGGGUUGGCAUAGCGGACAGGGCAUUGGCUUUGGGGCUAACUUGAUGGGAUAUUGGAGAUCAGUAAUGGAAUCUCUUGUCUCUUUGAAUGUUAACAAAUAGAAGCUGCAAGGGUCCCUCAGUUAGGGUCACAGCUUGGGGGAAGGUUUUGAACCCUUUCCCCAACACUGUUUUCAGAAUGAAAAUCCCUCCUUCAAAUGCUAAUUGCCUCCUUAUUAUGAGAAACCAGUUCAUACAACCCAUGAUAGUAAAAUAUAUAAUAUUUCAACUUUGUGACAGGGAUCGCGAACUUCAGCUCUAUGAAAGCUCCAACUUUGAACCCUACUUUCAAAUUAGUGGUUUAGAAGCUAUACCUUUGAAUGUGGAUUACUGGUAAGGCACUCAAAAUUCAGGUCUUAUGUAAAUUAUCUUCUAAUAAUUAUGGCAUACUUCUAUAUGUGUGGCUAUAUCUAUUAUUACACUUAUAUCCUCUUCUUCAAGCUCAGACUGGUUUACUUGGAACUCCCAAGCAGGCCCAGAAUCAGGACCCAACACCCUCUAGUCACUGGCGGAGGAAGAGGAGUGUGGGGGAAGCGCUCCUCCCCUGGCAGCGCGACCCCCAGGGUGCCAUCGCAGCUGCUCCCUCACCCGCGCUGGGCGCCCUGCCCCCAGGACGUGUGCCAGCCCUGCCCCUGCCUGCUCUCCGCCCCCCGGUGCCGGAGCAUGAAGCUCUGCCACUGCCUCUAAUAGCUACCAAGGCCCCAGGACCUGUUCUGAGUCUCCUUGGGCUGAAUGCCUGUGUUAAGUUGUCAUUUUAAUUUCCCCAUGACAUUAAAUGCCGCUUUGAUUUCUCAUGAUGAAUGCCCUGAGUGCUGAUGCUAUAAAGCAUGACUGCAGGAAACCACAGGAAGGGAGAGUGCCAUGGUUUUAUAUACUUAUGAACUUCUGAAGAUUUAUUUCAUGUUUGAGACCUUAGAAUUCUUAUAACAAUUGGUUAACUGUGCACUGCGUGGAGACAAGCUGGCAAAAUCAAUAAUAAUAAUAAUAAGGUAAAGGAUCCCUGAUAGUUAAGUCCAGUCGCACACGACUCUGGGGUUGCGGCACGCAUCUCGCUUUACAGGCCAAGGGAGCCAGCGUUUGUCCACAGACAGUUUUUCCGGGUCAUGUGGCCAGCAUGACUAAGCUGCUUCUGGCGCAAUGGAACACCAAAACCAGAGCAGCACACGGAAACACUGUUUACCUCCCUGCCAGAGCAGUACCUAUUUAUCUACUUGCACUGGUGUGCUUUCGAACUGGUAGGUUGGCAGGAGCUGGGACUGAGCAACAGGAGCUCAUCCAAUCGCGGGGAUUCGAACCACCGACCUUCUGAUCGGCAAGCCCAAGAGGCUCAGUGGUUUGGACCACAAUGCCACCCGCAUCCCAUUGGCAAAAUCAAUAGUUUGUGCUAAAACCUUGGGUGUUAACAUAAUCUCCUUUAGAUAUGUCUUCAGGUUUGUCUUGGAAGUUAUUGUGCAAUAUUAUUUUGGCUCAGAUUUUAAGCAAUACUUAAUUUUUCUUCCUCUUCGUCCCCCCCCCCUCCAAUUCAGCUACACAGAUCGUGAUGAAUGCAUGAUUCUUUAUGGAGAUGACCAGGUGUGUAUUGGGUAAAAUGCUUGCUAGGGAAACUGUAGGCCUUAAAACUCAGUGGGUGGGGAACCCAUCUUGCCACAGCUGCUGUUUAAUUCCCUGGAUUAUGGAGUAGAUGUGUAGGGAAAGUACAACAGAUAGCAAGAGAAUGCCAGAGGUUGUACAGUACUGGCUAGGUGCAGUAUGUAUGGCAAAGCAGAGGACUUUCAGAUAAGCAAGGUUGGACUAAGGGAGAUCCCUCUCAUACAUCCCUCUCGUACAUAAUUUUCUAAUGGGAAAUCUCCCUUGCAACCAUGCCUGCGUCCAUAACUACAUGCAAAGCAGGCAGUCGGUACAGAUUCCCUAUCAAUAAGAACAGCUGCUGCAAGAGAAUCGUACUCAUCCUAUUAAUCUCAGGGGUUUUGUCUUCAAAAGCCUGAAAGCCUCCCGAUUGUGACCUUCCUGCAGUUUGUUUUCAGCAUGUUUCUUUGUGAUUGCAGGGCUGUGUCAAUAUCUUGCUCAUCUGCUCUGUGGGAGAGGUCCUAAGGCAAGUGUUUGAAAGUGUCUGUUGAGAAUUAAAGUAGACAUUUCGUUAAUCAUUCCACAAAAGGUGUGCUUCCAGUUGCCAACUUCCCUGAGCAACAGUAGCCACAAACCUGGAAACAGAAAAUAAUUCCUAGAAGAGGCCCCGUUAUCUUGGGAGGUUUGGAGCUACUAUUGCUGUGUUUCUACAGUGGGGGCUGUUUAACAUGGCUGAUGCAGCUAUUAAGUUUGGAUUCUGGAAACCAACUUUUCUGGGUACAGUAAGCAGUACACAUUCAACUUGUGCUCAUUCAGCUUUACGCAUUUGGCAAAAAAUGAAUGGAUGAAUGAAUGAAAAGGGGGUGGAAAGGGGGCAGGGUUCUGGGGGAAAUGACUUUGUCAAUCCCACAUGCCAUUGAACCCAAUGGGUUUUGAUUACAGUGGUACCUUGGUUUGCAUAUGUCUUGGUUUGCAUACGUUUUGGAUUACAAACACAUCAAACCCGGAAGUGCGUGUCCCAGUUUGCAACCUUUUUUUGGAUUACAACCCAUUUUUGGGGGGAUUACGAACAAAUUUUUUUUGGAGGCCCCAUUGGCGAAAGCGUGCCUUGGGUUACAACCUGUUUUGGUUUACAAAUGGACCUCCGGAACAGUUGUAAACCAAGUACCAUUUUAUAUGCGAUUUUGGCUUUAGCCAUGAUCCCUGGAACGUAACCCCCGUAUAAGUUGGUGGUUUGCUGUACAGGGCCUAAGCUCUUCUGCAAUACACAUGAGCAUGUGGCAACUGAACUCUAGCGCAGAAGAGCAUUAUUUCACUGCUUCCCUGUCUCUGCUCUGCUGCAGAUAGAAAUACAAAACUAACAAAAGGUUAGGGUGGCAUAGGACAUUUUCCAGCUGAACAGAAGGGGAAGAGGAGCAUCUACUCUUCUUAACAAAGGGAAAUAACUUGACUCUGUGUUUCAGUACUUAAUUGGAAGGUCAUGCAAGAACUCAGGGCUCUCUCUAGCCAGUUGUGCAGUGUCCUCUUCAGUCAAUUAUGAAGGUGAUGCAAUUGGCUUUAGAGCCCACAAAUGAGAAAGGUUAGGGGCCUACGAGGUGAUCUCUGAAACAACAGAACGCGCUGGGGCUCUGAGAGCUUCCACUAACGAACUCACAACAUUUUGCAAAUCACAAAACAAAGGUCAGGUGCUUCCUAUGGCGAUAAAUGGCCAAAUUAGGAACCCGAUAGCAUGGACAAGCUUAAUUAUUUUUCUUUAAUGUUAUUAUGUUCUCUGAACAUGUUUCAGAACGUGGAAAAAGCUGCCCAAAUCGGAAAACCUUCCAAGUAUUAGCCUUGAGAAUGCAGCUCUUUCUCCUAAUGUCACUUACAUCCGUUGGAAAGUUCAUGGAGACUGGGUUACUCAGGUAAACAUUGUAAAUUUGGGCCAAAUACAAUUAUAAAACAAUCUUAACAACACAACAUUAUUUAACCAAUAUUUUGUAGCAUUUUGAUAAUGUAUUAUUGUUUUCUGUCUUUUUAGCUGAAAUACUAUGAUUCUAUUAAAGCAGUCAUUUCUGCUUCAAGCCAUGAGCCUACAGCCAUCGUAAUAGGUAAUUAUAUUUCUGCUUUUGAAUCCAGGAAAUUGUUCUUACAUGUUUCCGUUUGCUUGGCUUAUAUACAAUUUCUUUUCCUUCCCAUGUUACAGUGUUGUAGUCACGUUGCAAGUACCAUCCAUGUGAUCAGUCAGGAUGAAAAGUUUAGAGCAGGAUGAGGAACCUCUGGCCUCCAGAGGUUUGAUUUUUGAUCUGAUUUAAUAGUUGUACUCUGCCUUUCAAUUGUUGAGCUCAAAAGCGGCUCACAAUAAUCACAGUAGUGUUAGAAAAGCAACGAGCAUUUCAAUCACAAUAAUAUCAAACACACUAGUAUAUAAAUAAAGCAAACGACAAUAAAUUCAUCAAAAAGAAUUAAAAGUCGUGUGGCAUAUACCAACAGGGAAAGGUUUGAGCUUCUUUUGGGAAAAUCACAAAAAUCCAGACAUCUUGCCAAUUUAGAAGUAAUACACAUUUUGAGGGCCCAAAAUUACCUAACUGGCUGGAGCAGACAGAUCCAACAGGGCUCUGCUUAUGUACUUCUAAUGGCAGGUUCUACUUGUGGUAGAUUCGCGGGUGGCGCUGUGGGUUAAACCAUAGAGCCUAGGACUUGCCAAUCAGAAGGUUAGCGGUUUGAAUCCCUGCUACGGGGUGAGCUCCCGUUGCUCAGUCCCUGCUCCUGCCAACCUAGCAGUUCAAAAGCACCUCAAAGUGCAAGUAGAUAAAUAGGUAGCUGUGAUGUAUUGGGAAGUGAGAAAAUGGAGGUAGGCAGAUGUGCAGAUUACAUGAUUGGAUGUUGAGGCCUUUUGUGUCUUCUACUGUCAGCUACGUUAUGAAGGCAAUUUCUCUUCUCUCCAGUGCUUUUCAACCAGACCCCACACACCCCAUGUCCUAUAACUAUCUGCCUAUUUGAGCAGUGUGUGAAAUCAUCUUUCCCUGAGAGCAGUUUCUUGAUGCCUAAAUGGUCUUAUCUGUCAGACCUGUCUGUAGAGUUCAGUGGUGACCACUGAAGAUCAUAUUUACAUGUUCUUUCCUUUUACCUAGAAUGUGGAAAACUUCAAGCACUGCAAGAAUCUCCCUCCUGUUUUCUUAAAUGUUAAAAUGGUCUGCAUUUUCCAAUCCCAAAAUGUGAGAGUGUUUAUUGUGUAUUAUCAGUCGUGUCAAAGUCUACUUGAGGCCUGAUGGUUGAUUCAGAAACAUUUGCCCUUCUACAGGGUGCGUUGUGGGAGCAACCAAUGUUGAGCAACAGAUGAGGGAAAUAAAAGAACACAGGAAAGAUUCCAAGGCAAGGAAAGCACAGUCGGUCCUAGGAUCUCCCUCCCAUAGAGCUGAGGGGGAUCAGAUUGUUUUUCGAGUCCACAAAGGAGUGAAAACAUUUGCACUUAGUAAAAAGAAUAACCUUCUUGUAACUGGUGGGAUGGAUCGAAUCAUUCGGAUGUGGAAUCCCUAUAUGCCUGGGUAAGAUUUUAUUGCAUUGCUGCAGCUGUUCUUAUAAGGUUUGGUUAAACUCUUUGUGCCAUUAGUUAUAAACUAUUAUCAUUUAGAACAAAUAGAUUGCUGUGAUUUGUCUUCUGAAAUACUGCAUAGAUGAACCACAGCUAGAUCAAUAAACUCUUAAUGAAUCCUAGAGUUUCCUGGGACGAGGGAUGGAUUGUUAAACCACUCUGCGAACUGUAACUCUGUGAGGGGGUCUCCUAGCAACACUCAGCACCCCUUAACAAACUAUACUAUACGAUUGCAUGGAGCCCGGACAGCCCCGUGGUUUUCUUCGGAGCUGAGGGUGACGAAACAAUCGCUGAGACAGCUAGAGCGUCGGUGGCAGAAAACUCACUCCGAAUCUGACCGGACACAGGUUAGAGCUCAACGUCGAGCCUACCAAGUGGCGAUAGCGACGGCGAAGAAGACUUUCUUCACCGCCUCUAUUGCAUCUGCAGAAAAUAGUAGCAGGAGACUCUUUCAGGUGGUUCGCAAUUUAAUGGAACCACCUUUACCACCGGGGCCUUGCAAAGACCCCAAGAUCUCCUGCAACGAUUUUGCAAAGUUUUUUGCAGAUAAAAUCACUCAUAUUCGGAAGGAACUAGACACCACCGUGGGAGCAGGGCUGGGGCGGGAGAGUGCUAGAGCUCUGUCUGGUCAAGUUGCAUGGAAUCAAUUUCAAUCCGUUACCCCCGAGGAUGUGGACAGGCUGCUUGGACGCGUGAAACCAACCACCUGUCUCCUUGAUCCUUGCCCAUCCUGGCUAAUAAAAGCAAGCCGGGAAGGGCUGGGCGAUGGGCUCUGCGGGGUGGUGAAUGCUUCCCUCCAUGAGGGAACAUUCCCAGAUCCGCUGAGGCUGUCAUUAAACCACUUCUUAAAAAACCAUCUUUAGACCCGGCUAGUAUUGCCAACUAUCGCCCAGUCUCAAAUCUUCCAUUCUUGGGCAAGGUGAUUGAGCGCGUGGUUGCUGAACAACUCCAGGCACGCCUGGAGGAUGCGGACCAUUUGGAUCCCUUCCAAUCGGGAUUCAGGCCUCAUCAUGGGACUGAAACUGCCUUGGUCGCACUGGUUGAUGAUCUCUGGCGAGCUAGGGACAAAGGUGAGAGUUGUUUCCAAGUUCUGCUGGAUCUCUCAGCGGCCUUUGAUAUAAUCGACCAUAACAUCCUUCUGGACCGUCUAUAGGGGCUGGAGCUGGGGGCACUGUUAUACAGUGAUUUCGCUCCUUCCUCCUUGGCCGUAUUCAGAAAGUGGUGGGGGGGGAUGAGUGUUCAGACCCCUGGGCCCUCACUUGUGGGGUGCCUCAGGGUUCCGUCCUUUCCCCCAUUCUUUUUAACAUCUAUAUGAAGCUGCUGGGAGAGAUCAUCAGGGGGUUUGGACUGGGUGUCCAUCAAUAUGCAGAUGAUACCCAGCUCUACCUCUCUUUCAAAUCAGAACCAGUGAAGGCGGUGAAGGUCCUGUGCGAGUGCCUGGAGGCGGUUGGAGGAUGGAUGGUGGCUAAUGGAUUGAAGUUGAAUCCUGACAAGACAGAAGUACUGUUUUGGGGGGACAGGGGGCGGGCUGGUGUAGAGGACUUCCUGGUCCUGAAUGGGGUAACUGUGCCCCUGAAGGACCAGGUGCGCAGCCUGGGAGUCAUUUUGGACUCACAGCUGUCCAUGGAGGCGCAGGUCAAUUCUGUAUCCAGGGCAGCUGUCUACCAACUCCACCUGGUACGCAGGCUGAGACCCUACCUGCCCGCGGACUGUCUCGCCAGAGUGGUGCAUGCUCUAGUUAUCUCCCGCUUGGACUACUGCAAUGCGCUCUACGUGGGGCUACCUUUGAAGGUGACUCGGAAACUACAACUAAUCCAGAAUGCGGCAGCUAGACUGGUGACUGGGGGCGGCCGCCGAGACCACAUAACACCUGUCUUGAAAGACCUACAUUGGCUCCCAGUACGUUUCCGGGCAAAAUUCAAAGUGCUGGUGUUGACCUUUAAAGCCCUAAACUCCCUCGGCCCAGUAUACCUGAAGGAGCGUCUCCACCCCCAUCGUUCUGCCCAGACGCUGAGGUCCAGUGCCGAGGGCCUUCUGGCAGUUCCCUCAUUGCGAGAAGCAAUGCUACAGGGAACCAGGCAGAGGGCCUUCUUGGUAGUGGCGCCCGCCCUGUGGAACGCCCUCCCAUCAGAUGUCAAAGCGAUAAAUAACUACCUGACAUUCAGAAGACAUCUUAAGGCAGCCCUGUUCAGGGAAGUUUUUAAUCUGUGAUAUUUUAGUGUGUUUUUGGUUUCUAUGGAAGCCGCCCAGAGUGGCUGGGGAAACCCAUCCAGAUGGGCGGGGUACAAAUAAUAAAUUAUUAUUAUUAUUAUUAUUAUUAUUAUUAUUAUUAUUAUACAGGAUGAGUUAGGAGGAGCCAUGACUUUUUAAAGCGGUAUGAUACUGCUUUCAAUGUUUAAUGCUGGCAGAACCUUUGUAUCAACAUUCAGGCCUGUCUGCCAGAGGGUUAUUGACCGUUAUGGUGAUUGAAUCCAACUGGUGUCUUAACAUUGCAUGAAAAUCUGAGGCAGGUAGAGUCAAGAACAAAAUAAUCACAGGUCAUGCCCGCACGAUACAUGCAAAGCUCUCUUAUACCACCUCAACAGUCAGGGCUUCCUGAAAAAGAAUCCUGAGAAUUGUAGUAGCACUCUUCACAAACUACAGUUCCCAUUAUUCUUUAUUUUUUUGGUGGUGGUGGGACUGUUGAAGUGGUUUAAGAACACUUAAAAUGUAUGAUGUUCUCCACCUCCCCCCCCCUUUAUUCCUAAGAGAGAGCCAGUGUGGUGUGGUGGUUAAGAGCGGUGGACUCGUAAUCUGGAGAACUGGGUUCGCUUCCCCGUUCCUCCACAUGCAGCUGCUGGGUGACCUUGGGCCAGUCACACUUCUUUGAAGUCUCUCAGCCUCACUCACCUCACAGAGUGUUUGUUGUGGGGGAGGAAGGGAAAGGAGAAUGUUAGCCGCUUUGAGACUCCUUCAGGUAGUGAUAAAGUGGGAUAUCAAAUCCAAACUCUUUUCUUCUUCUAAUGUAACCCUAAUGUCUCAACAAAUGAAACUGACCUAUGGAAAACAUAACUUGAAAAAAGAGACAUUGUGCAUACCUGUGUAAACCAAGAAAACUUUAAUAAAAAUGUUUAUUCCUUUUUUAAAAAAAAGUAUGGUGUGGAUGUGGCCACACUGCGCUAGCUCAUCUAUCUUUCUCACUUGGUACUACAAUUCUCCCUCAUUCGUAUGUGUUUCAGUUACAGUAGUGCCAAUGUUAAUCCAUCUCUUUUGUUUCAUUAUAUGUUUGAAGCCGCUCAGUCUUUAAUGUUCUGGUCCAAUUGCAGAAGGCCAACAGGCAUGCUCAGAGGCCACAUGGCCCCUGUCUUCUAUGUCCACAUAUCUGAAGAGGAUAAAAUAUUCUCCAUGUCAACAGACAACACAGUGAAGGUCUGUCUCUGUUUUUUGCAUGCGCUGAGUUACACUUGUCACGUCUUCAGUACUUUCUCUUUAGCGUGUCUCAAUUAUUUUUGCAGAUUUGGGAUGUUGAGGACCAGACUUGCUUAUUCACAGCCUGCUCAAAAAACAGUGGAAUUAAAGGAGAGAUUAGUGCUUGCCACUACAUACCAGGCGUAAGAUCGCUCUGCGUUGCCACGGAUACACUGGCUAUUCUCCAUCUAAGACUACGGUAAAAAGAAGAAGAAGAAAGCAAACAGACCAGAACUCAUGGUCUUAAAGCCAAACUAAGUGUUUAAAUGAGUGUUCAUGGAUAUGUUUAUUUUGGAGAAAAAACUGCCAUUGAGUCCCCAAUCUGGAAAGUGUUUCUAAUCUGGAUUGGGGUCCCUUGCCAGUUUGCUGCUGAAAAUCAGCCCAUGCUUGACUUAGAAUAAUAGAAUAAUAGAAUCUUAGGGUUGGAAGGGACCCUGAGGAUCAUCUAGUCCAGCCCCCCACAAUGCAGGAAUCUCAGCUAAAGCAUCCAUUACAGAUGGCCAUCCAAACUCUGCUUAAAAACCUCCAAGGAAGGAGAGUCCACCACCUCCUGAGGGAGUCUGUUCCACUGCUAAACAGCGCUUACUGUCGCAAAGUUUUUGCAAAUGUUUAGUCGGAAUCUCAUUUCUUCCAACUUGAAGCCUUUGGUUUGAGUCCCACCCUCCAGAGCAGGAGAUGUUAGCAGGAAACCAUGAAUUUGGGGUGGGAGGGAGUAGCCAGGGAAAAAAAUAAUUUGACACCAGGAAACUAGUUUGAGGCCCAUCCAAAUUGGGGUCAUUCUCUGAAUUGGGAAAACUCUGUUUGCUUUUUCUCUAAAAGAAAAGCAGCAUGAUUACUCACAUUUGUUUAAUCACAUGAUGAACAACACAUAGUACAGUGCUACCUCAGGUUACAGACGCUUCAGGUUACAGACUCCACUAACCCAGAAAUAGUACCUCGGGUUAAGAACUUUGCUUCAGGAUGAGAACAGAAAUCGCGUGGUGGCGGCAGCAGGAGGCCCCAUUAGCUAAAGUGGUGCUUCAGGUUAAGAACAGUUUCAGGUUAAGAACAGAAUGGACCUCUGGAACGAAUUAAGUUCUUAACCCGAGGCACCACUAUAGUCUGGCCCUUAAACAUCUAAGAUCUGUAUUUAUGCAGGGGUGUAGCUAGCUGCUCUGGCACCUGGAGUGGCAGGGGCAGGACGAUCCGCCCACGGGGGCGCCACGGCGAUCCGCCCAGGGGGGUGGCACGGUGAGCUGCCCACAGCGUCCGCCUGGCAGACACAAGCCCUACGCUGCUGUUUCGGGCAGUGCGGAGCCCUGAGCCACCCUGUCACUCCCAGGAGAGCCGCGUGCCUCGGGCACACUGCAGGCCAGGCCCCGCGGCAAGUGCCGUGCCCUGCGGCGUGCCAUUUUGUCACCCCCUCAGGGAUGACGCCCUCGGGUAGACCGCACCCCCCGCUUCCCUCUUCCUACGCCCCUGUAUUUAGGGAGAAUGGAAUACUAGAAACUGCUGCCAACAAGGGUUAAUUUACAGAGAUGAAAACAUUAGGUAAAGGUACCCCUGCCCGUACGGGCCACUCGUGUCUGACUAUAGGGUUGCGUGCUCAUCUCGCUUAAGAGGCCAGGAGCCAGCGCUGUCCGGAGACACUUCCGGGUCACGUGGCCAGCGUGACGAAGCUGCAGCUGGCAAGCCAGCACCAGCGCAGCACACGGAAACGCCGUUUACCUUCCCACUAUAAAGCGGUCCCUAUUUAUCUACUUGCACUUAGGAGUGCUUUCGAACUGCUAGGUGGGCAGGAGCUGGGACCGAACGACGGGAGCUCACCCCGCCGCAGGGAUUCGAACCGCUGACCAUACGAUCAGCAAGUCCUAGGCACUGAGGUUUUACCCACAGCGCCACCCGCGUCCCACAUGAAAACAUUACAAAGCCACAAAAUGUUAAAUUCCAUGUUUAAUUCAAACCUUUUAAAUUUUUCUUUUUGAAAAUAAUCUUGACGAGAUCCCAGGGUGUUGUUGGACUGCAAAAUAUGGAGCACUUUUCCACAUAUGUGGAAAAAAUGCAAUAAAAAUAUUUUAAAAAAAAACAACAAAAUAUGGAGCACUGAGUUUAGGACUGGAAAAAUGGAGAGAAGGAUUGACAGAUCCUUCCACCCCUAAUCUUAAUGCAAAUUUGUAUAAUGGGCUAGUGCUACAAGCCCUUUAAGUACUCAACAGCACCCCUGCCAGCCCCAGAUGAGGAUAUUUAGCUCAGCAGACACACCCCUGAACUUCAACUAUAUUCACAUCAGCUGUGCAUGCACACCUCCCUUGCUGUAUAAGGGACAGGUGUCAGAACCUGAUUUUUCCCAGGCUGAUUCUCACUUAACAUUAAGCAGCAAGACUUAAUUAAGAAAAAAACCUCCCCACAUUUCCCACAUACUGCAAUUCUAAAUCAGUUCUGGAGAGUCUGCCAUCCAGACAAGCCCGAUACAGGUGUACUUACUGCUGUAUUGAUAGUUUGACCCUCACUUCUUUUGUUUUUUAUUCUCCAUAAGGAAGAUUGCCUCCAGAUCCUCACUUGGUUACUUCCCAUAAGAAGCCAGUUUUGUGCUGCAAGUUCAACGAAGUGUUCAGGCAUGUUGUGAGCUGCUGUGAGGGUUCUGUAAGUGAAACGAUACUGUAAAAUAGAACCAACUCCAUGUAUUUCCCAAUGUGUAGCUGUUCCAUUUUGACACAUGUAGUUGAGUUUUUUGUGUUUGCUCUCUAUGCAUAGAACUGGACUAAUUUUUACUUAUUUCAAAUGUGGGCCAUUGAAUCCUGACCAUGGUGUUUAUUCAGAUGCUUUCCUAUGUAUGUGUGUGUGUGUGUUUUUAAGGUGGUCAAGGUGUGGGAUUUUGAUAGCGGAAAGCACUUAUUUGAAUUUGGCAAUGCUCAUGGUGGUUCUGCGGUAACCUGCCUCGCCUUCGAUCCUAGCAGAAGAAGGUAUGUUUCUAAAUAUGCCUUUUUUGGGGGGGGGGACCCCCACUCUAUAUAAAUUUUAGCUGUGUGUCCCCACCCCUGGCACACAAGUAUCUACGCAGGUGGAAUAAAUGAUGCAUUUAUUUCAUUCACGUUCUAGACUAAUCACAGGAGGACGAGAUGGUUGUUUGAAUGUAUGGAAUUACAAUAAUGGGCAUUGCUUGCACACGCUGAAAAGAGGUAAGCAGCACGCUGACGCAAACGGCCCCAAAAAAUGUUACGUCUGUAGAAAACUCAUACGACUUGGAUGUUGCAACGCUGCUGUGUUUUUCUUACCUGCAGAAGACAAAAGUGACGAAGUCUGUGACUGCACCUAUGUGGAAGUCAACAAAAACAAGUAAGCAAUGCAAACCAUAACCAGAUACUGCCAUUGAAGGCUGACAUCUUAGGGAAGAGGUGCUUAAUUUAUUUAUAUUAAGGUGCAUUUCUCUUCUCCAUAUGGCAUUCUGAGAAUAUGACAUGUAUCUUUGUCACCUAAAUUGCCCCGCCCCCCCAUGAGUGUUCCACAAAAUAUCCUUGCUGUAAGGAUGAAAUAUACUCGGAGUCCUGUAGUAAUUUCAUGCUCUUUAUUGCAGCUUGUAAGACAGUGAUUGAAUUGCCCGCCAAACCUCUGGCUUUUAUAUACAUUAUUUACACAAUGAGUCCCGUCUGAUUGGCUGAUUCUGCUUCCCUCCUGGAGCCUGAUUGGUCUUUUCCUGCAAGCCAAUCCAUUGUUGCAUUCUACUAUCCUACCAGCCUAAUAGGCUGAUUAACUUCCUCCUGGAGACUGAUUGGUCUUUUCUUGCAAGCCAAUCAGUUGUUGCAUUCUAGGAUCCUACUUGCUUAUUGUUCUAGGAUCCAAGCUUAGUGCAUAACAAAGGACUUCUUCGCCUUAUACUGAAUGAGACCAUUGAUGGUGGUUCCUCUGCCUUUCAGGGUUGGCCUUUCCCACUUUCCUGCUACCUCAAAUGCUUUUUAGUUUUUAGGCAAGGAAUGCUAGGGGUCGAAUGUGCAGCCUUCUGCAAUGCAGAGCCUAUGCUGUCACACUGAGCUAUGGGGCUUCCUUUGGAUUGCAAAGGCAUUUGAUCGCGUAUGAAUACAUACAAUAGUACUGCCAAGAAAAAAGAAUACUAACACCUUGGGUGCCUUUAGCAGGUGUUUAAUAUGUAGAGAUUAGCUGGUAAUGCUUUGAAUGGCAUGGAGCCAAAUGUGGUCACCUGCUAAUUCAUGCAGAUCAAAAGCCAUUUAUAAAGGGGAUACCUAGAGAGACCUGCUCAGAAGUUGUCAGACAGAAUGCACACUGACACAUUCCCUACUUGCUAAAGACCAGAUCAGGUAAAGAGUUGUUGCAAUAUUUGUGUGUGGAAUUCCUUGCGGCUUGGUUCCGCGACGGGGUGAGCUCCCGUUGCUCAGUCCCAGCUCCUGCCCACCUAGCAGUUUGAAAGCACGUCAAAGUGCAAGUAGAUAAAUAGGUACCGCUCCGGUGGGAAGGUAAACGGUGUUUCUGUGCGCUGCUCUGGUUCGCCAGAAGCGGUUUAGUCGUGCUGGCCACAUGACCCGGAAGCUGUAUGCCAGCUCCCUCGGCCAAUAAAGCGAGAUGAGCACCGCAACCCCAGAGUCGGUCACGACUGGACCUAACGGUCAGGGGUAUCUUUACCUUUACCUUGCUAGUGGGUAUAUGCUAUGCAACUGUAAAAAAAAAAAGUACUUCCAAUUCCAUUUCCAUCCCAGAAGGAUACCAUGGUCACUGAUACCAAAAGGUCCAGCAGAACCAUCACGCUCCCCCUAUCCAAUUCUCAGCACAAAUCAUUCACCAAGGUGACCAAAGCUAUCUCAGUCCCAUAAUCAGGCCUGAAAUGGAUCUAGAUCCAUCUGUCUCCUCCAAAAAAACCCCUGGAGCUGAGAUAUUAGAAACUGGCCGAUAAUUAUCCCAUAAUUCAGGAUUCAGGUCUGGAUUUUUCAGUAGAGGCCUUGCAACUGCCUCCUUUAGGCAUGCCUUGUUCUAAGCAGCCACUGACCCCUCACUCACUUAGCCAGUCCCCCGCUGCCCCCUUUUUUAAGAGCCAGGAAGGGCAAGGAUUUAGUACACGUGUUAUGUACUGAGUUGAAUAAGAUCCAAAAUGCAGCAGUGUGAUUGGUCCUAGAACAAUAGGGUCCAGAAUGCAGCAGUCUGAUUGGUCCACAGGAGCCACCCAAUCCAGCUCCGGGUGGAAGUGAAUCCUCAACCUGAUUGGCCUACAGGUGAAUCCCGGAAGUAGCCAAUCACGUGGGGCCCAUUGUGUAAAUAAUGUAUAUAAAGCAGACAUUCUGGGGUAACUUCCAUUCCUCCUCACCACUAUGAGCUGAAUAAAGAGCAUGUAAUCCACUCUUGACUCCGAGUAUAUUUCAACACGUUUGGUAGCUCUCACCUUUUCAAAGAUUCUGUCCACAUCCUCAGGCUGGACAAAUGGAAAAGUUUCCAUUAACACUGGACAAGCAGAGGCUAAAGGGACAUCCAUCUUCUAGAAUCUCAUGUUGCCAAUUUGGCGAAAGGCCAUAGCUUAGUGGCAGAACCUCUGAUUUGAGUUUUUAGUUAUUUGUUAAAAUAUUUAUGAAGCAGACUUUUUCAUGGGAAAUAUAAUGGGGGGGGGGAUAUAAUGCAUGCGGAAAGUCCCAGGUUCAACCCCAAACAUCUCCAGGUAAGGCUGGGAGAGACCCCAGCCUAAAAAACCUGGGAAGCUGCUGCCAGUCAGUGCAGACAAUACUAAGCUGCAUGGACAAAUGAUCUGACUUAGUUUGAGGGAGUGUCCUCUGUUCCUGUGCCUUGAAACAGACCCUAACCAAACUGGGUUGUGAUAUUUCUAGAUUAUGAUCCAAUUAUAUAUGUAGGGUUGUCAUAUUCCCAAAAGUGAAAAUCAGGACAAAGUUGAGCUGGGGGGGGGGGGGAUGCUUUUAAAAAAGUUUUUAAAAAGAAAUCCGGGUUUUCCCGAACAUUCAGCAAAAAACCGCCUGGACGUAUGGCAGCCCUAAAUAUACGUGUAACAUUUGUUUGCUAACUCUUCUUCCAGGUACAUCGUAGGUGUUGGAUGGGAUCGAAGGAUAAACUUGUUUUAUGUAAGUAGCAAAAGUGCACAUGAAAAGCAUUUUGAUACGGUAUCAUGAUUCAUUAUUGAAAUUUCACAUUGUGCCAAAGCACUGGGGUAGAAAAUAGGUGGGGAAGAUAUUGAGCCUGGCCAAUGGGAUGGUAGAAUUAAGGCCAAACUCUCUUUUUGCACAUCUGGCUAACAACAUUGGUGUCAGAGUCAAAAAGGGGAGGAACAAGCAGAAACAGAAUCUUUGUCAUAAACUUAUAAAACACAUAUAUAUCCUUAUGUUCACACAUAUGUAUCUUUUCGUUUGGAUGUAUGUAUGUUGCAGGAUUCCACAGAAAACUUUCAUCACUUUCAGAAACCUCAAGCCCACUGGCAGGAUGAUAUAGUAAGAUUCCACCUUGGCCUUCUUCAAAUCUAAAUGCCUUUUUUGUAUACUUCGAAAACUCUUUAUUGAUGCUGAGCACAUGUAUGGUGUUUGAUAUGUAGAAUUUCAUAUAGGUGGUAUGCAGUGCAGUCUGAAGCAGGUAGAGUUCUUUUCAGCUCACUGGAACUUAACCUCUGCCUUAGUAAGUCCAGAAUGGCCUUACCGGGAGGCCCGGCCAGAUGGGCAGGGUAUAAGUAAUAAAUUAUUGUUAUUAUUAUUAUUAUUAUUAUUAUUAUUAUUAUUAUAUUAAUUUAUUGAUGCCUUUGAAUAGUAUGCAUGGAACUAGUUAUGCUGGAUUAUAAAACUGUAGGACUCAAGUACAUUAGUAAAAAACAGUGUUUUGAAUGCAUUAUAAACAUGCAACACCAGAUGGCGCUGUAGAGCACAAAAUUUGUCUAUGCAAUUUUAGAUAGCGUUUCCCCCCCUUUUUUCUAUGAUUUAUAACUUUUUAUAGUGUUUUUCCCCCUGUCUGUAGAUCCACUCUAAGACUAGCAUUGGAUGAACCGGACAAUUUUAGUUUCUGCCUGGUUCUCUUUUUUCCAGCCUUUAAGUUCACUUCUCUCCAUUUCCAUAUCAGUUUGCAAUUUUUUUAAAAAAAGUAUGCAUGAAAAUUCAAGUGUAUUUUGAAUGCAUUUCAUUUAAUAUAUGCUUUUCUAUAUGGAAUUUUCUCUAUAAUAUACACACAUUUUUGCAAACAAUUUCCUGUAACAUAAAGCAUUUAAAACUUUACUUUCACUAAUAUAAUCAUUUUUAUGAGCACUUUCCCAUUUGCAUUGCAAAAUCAGGAGACUUGCAAACUAGGAAGUAUGCCUGUAUUUUAGUUUGCACAUCUGUUCAGGAAGUGCAAAAUGAUUUCUCUCACAUCCCCAGUAGAGACCAAAUGACUACUGUUUGUUUUUCUGUGAAGGAGGACCCAAUAAGGGGGAUAUUCUGUAGCUUACUAUUUUCUGUGAACGUGCAUGAGCUGCUGAGCUUCAGCAAAUUCCAUGGGCAUAUUAUGAGCUCAAUAUAACCCAGAAGUCCUGUGCAUUCUAAGGGGUAAAAGUUGGUCUGCCAGAAGUUUCUACCUUAUCUUUUAUGAAGACUUGUUCUCGAUUGGGGGGGAUGGACAUGUAGCAGCAAUAUUGACAUUUGAGGCUUUGUGGUUGACCACAGUUCAGUCUUAUGUGGUGCCAGUUUGCAGGGCUUGAACUGCCCAUUGAUUGAUACAUGAAGUACAGCUCCGAAGCGACAAACACAAAGGAGAACCAGCACUGUUUUUUUCACUCCCUCUCUCCCAGAACCGGGGACACAAAGAGGAUAUUUUGUGCAUUGCUCAGUGCCCACCUACUCUCCUUGCAACCUCAAGUUAUGAUGGUGAAAUUAUUGUUUGGAAUAUGAUGUCGGGUCACAUAUGUCAUAAAUUCCACACUUCAGUUGCCGCUGCCUCUGUUAGUACCAAAUGUAAGUUCACUCAUCUAAAAAAAUACUGCAGAAAACAGAUUCACCCAGGACUACUAUGUCUGGAUGAAUCAAUCAAUCUGUAUGAAUCAUUGUGGAACUGAAUAGACAUGGAAAACAUGAAAGUUGAAAGGUGAAGCCCAUCCCAAGUUGUUUUAUUGGCUAACAGGCCUGGUAUGGUUGAGAGAGACACCAGUUUCUACCCCACAAGGAUGUGAUGUAGCCAGCUCAAUAUAAUGACAGUUGCUGUUUUUUACAACUUUCCACUUGUAAUUCGUCACCUCCCAAUUUGCGGAUGGGUGGGCAGGAAGUGACCCUGCAUCUUCAGUUAAGGUCUGAAGUCUCUAAUAUAGUACUAGUCCCUCACAGCCCCCCUCCCUUGCAAAUAGUAUUGUGAUUGUGAGCAGAUGUCUUGGUAUACAGCUCUUAUUAUCUUGAAAUAAGGACUUUUAAACAACCAUCCCUGUCCCAUUUGUUAUGCAGAUGUUAUUUGAGUUGCUAUAGUACAAACAACUGUUUGGUCUGUGGUAACUCUGCAUGCAUUGAUAGGGUCAGGUUGAAAGCCAUAAGGAAAUAAACAUUGCUACAUUUCGGUGACCCCCCUGGAGCAGAUUUUGGGGGCACGCAAGGAGAGAAAGGGCAACUCCAGUUGUGUGAAUGAAAUGCAACUUGCAUUUUUUUAAAGAUUACAUUUAGUUUUUAGUCAGUUGGCAGACUGAAAGCCUGACAAAACAGCCACGUAUUUACAGUGGUACCUUGGGUUACAUACGCUUCACGUUACAUACGCUUCAGGUUACAGACUCUGCUAACCCAGAAAUAGUGGUUCAGGUUAAGAACUUUGCUUCAGGAUGAGAACAGAAAUUGUGCUCCGGCCGUGCAGCGGCAGCAGGAGGCCCCAUUAGCUAAAGUGGUGCUUCAGGUUAAGAACAGUUUCAGGUUAAGAACAGACCUCCAGAACGAAUUAAGUACUUAACCCGAGGUACCACUAUAUACAUUUCAGAGUUCAACCUAGCAAAACACCUUUUAUCUACUCAAUGGUAAGAGGGGGUUUGGAAUGAAGCAUCUGAAAUCCAUGAGAGUGGAAAUGUAAAUGUAAACAUCAGGAAAGUUAAUGGCAGCAAUGCUUGCAUGCAAAUUGUGCCUUUUGACUGUAGCUUAAUGAAAGUAUUUGAAUAUUUAAUGGUGUUUCCUUUGAAGGAGCAAGUCUUCUCUUUUUGUCCUCCCCAGCUGUCGAUGCAAGUGUUAGCCGCGUAAUCUUUCUAAAGACCCGGGCGGUGAAAUUUGAAUCGGCUGCAGCCUCGCUUGUUUCCAAUGGGCCGCAAGGUAAGAUGGAUGAAAUGUUGGUUGGUGGUGUGGCCUACCAAAACUCUAGGCAACCAAACUAACACAGUCAGUCAAAAUCAUCAAGGGGUUGGAGCAACUCCCCUAUGGGGAAAGGGCUGGUGCAGCCUCUUGUACAAGUGGAAGCAUCUAGAACAAGAGUGGGGGUCCUUUGGCCCUCCAGAUGUGGCUGAACUGCAAUUCCUGUCAGCCCCAGCAGGCAUGGCCCAUGGCCAGAGACUAUGGGAGCUUUGGUUCAGCGACAUCCGCAGGCCAAAGAUUUGCCUGUCAACAACACUGCAGAAGCCCUUGCACACGCCUUUGCAGAGCAGGAAGUAAUUGCCAUGCUGAUUUCUAAGGUAACAAAGCUGCGCAUGGUGCUAGGAUCCUGAAGGAAGGGUACCUGGAAGAGAUAAGAGGCCUGAGGCUUAGGGACAGUGGAGCAGGGGCCAAGGAGGGCAUAAGGUCUGGGCCUUGACAUCCUGCGCCUUUUAAACAUUGUAUAGAAGUGUGAUCUACCAACUGGAUUUUGUCAUCACUGUUGUACUAUCCUGGGGUGCUGAAUUUCUGGCAUCGAUUUCAAUUACUACAUUCUUCUGGUUUAGUCCUAAUGCAACCAAGACUGACAGACUGGAUUUCUUUCAUUGUUAUUUCCUGUUAGUGUAAAUUGUUGGUCUCAAAAAAGUCACCAGAGAUUCUCCCUGUGUCCCAUACAUAAUCCAGUGGUCUCUGAUUUGGAGAGAUGUUAUGUAGGACUGUUUGUAAUCAUCAUUACAAAUCCCGCUGGCUACAUGAUGAUUACUCAAAUGUUAAGAGCCACUUCAAGCCACACGUUCGGUGUGGCAUUGUAGUUUUGUGAACCGGCCUUCAGACAUUUCUGCUCUCCCGAAUGCUUUGUUGCCACAAAAGUAUUCUUCUGCUUUGAUACUGGCUUGUCCCUUCUUGUUACCAUUUUUUCAGGCCAUCUGUAUUUCUGGAGCCUGCGCACUGGGGAUCCACUUAUAGCAAGUUUUGCACCUGUAAGUUUCGCAGAUGGGAAGUUGCCAAAAUGUUUGCUGGGGUUCUGUGUUUAAUUGCAGCAAAGGCUUAACAGCCUCUGUUUGAAUGCAUUGUGAGCUGAAAUGCUUGUGUGAUACAUGUAGCCCAAAGCCACAACCAUGUUAGUUAAUCACAUAUGACCCCAUGUACAAAUAGCAAUUAACACCAGCUUCCCAGGUGGUGUAAAUCAGGGGCAGCGAUUUGGCAGCCCACGGGCUAGGUGUAACUCAAGGCUGGCUUGCUGCAAUGCACUUUAUGUGGGGCUGCCCUUGGGUGCCACAAUUGUGGUGACUGUGGUUGAUGGGAGUUGUAGUCCAAAACAUCUGGAGGGUGCACGGUUGGGGAAAGCUGUGCUAGAUGAUGACAACUUCAGGACACCUAGAUUGUUCUGGCAUGGAGAUUGAAGCUCCCCUCCCAUUAGAAUAGAGAAGUUAUGUAACUGUGUUAACUAAAAACGUGGUUUGCAUCAAUGUGUGUUCCAGUCAAGAGGGAAAUCCUUGAUUACCGGCAUUGCCGUGACUGCUGAUGAUUCAUAUUUGUAUGCUGCCGAUGAGGAUGGAUACGUGUAUGUCCAUGACAUCAAAGAUUAUGCUCUUCAGGAUCCAGAACAAGAAGCACCAAAGUGUAUGUCUACAUGUACAUUUUACUUCCAGUAGAAACGUUUAGCAUCUCUGCUUUUGGGUUAUAGAUUGACAGCACAAAUGCACAUGUGUACUUAAAAGCAAGUCCAGUUGGACUCAGUGAGUUGCAAUAUCAUUUAAGGUAAAGGGACCCCUGACCAUUAGGUCCAGUCAUGACCGACUCUGAGGUUGCGGCACUCAUCUUGCUUUAUUGGCCGAGGUAGUCAGCGUACAGCUUUCGGGUCAUGUGGCCAGCAUGACUAAGCCGCUUCUGGCGAACCAGAGCAGCGCAUGGAAAUGCUGUUUACCUUCCCGCCGGAGCGGUCCCUGUUUAUCUACUUGACAUGCUUUCGUACUGCUAGGUUGGCAGAAGCAGGGACCGAACAACAGGAGCUCACUCCGUCGCAGGGAUUCAAACUGCCGACCUUCUGAUCGGCAAGUCCUAGGCUCUGUGGUUUAACCCACAGCGCCACCCGCGUCCCUGCAAUAUCAUUUACCUGGGAGUAAAUCCAAUUGAAAUCAAUGGUGUUUACUUCUGAGUAGACAUGUAUAGGAUUGCCCUUCAUGUGACUUCAGACACACCUCACUGUUUUUGUAUGUUAGUACAUGCUGUAAUGUAUGUUUUAUCCAUGAACUUAGGCUGGAUCUAGACACAUCAAAAAAGCGUUUCAGAAAAACGUGUUGUGAACUUCAUAAAGGGAAAACACGUGGCCGAAGGGCAGGACUCCACAGCUCCAUCUAGUGGCACAGUGUUAUAACACACAUAAAGCUCUUUUUCUUUGCUAAUGUAGCUGAGUCCUGUGUUCUAUUCCUUUCUGUUGCCACAGAUGUGAACCACUGGAGAGCUCAUUUGAAUCUGGUUCCAUCGUAAGUAUUGGCUUAACCUUUAACAAAAAAUAAGUUGUGCACAUGGAUUUCUAACUGGUUGUCCUCUCUGGCUUGACAAAUAGGUUAGAAGUUAUAGAUGAAGAGAACAUCCUGCUAUCCUGUUCAACUGAUCGUACUGUUCGCUUGUGGAGCCUGGAUGGAGAAUACAUUGGUAAAUGGCACAUGCACAAAACACAAGGACCAUAUUACUCAUUUAAGAGGAACUGACAGCUUUGUGUAGGAAUGCACCCUAACAUAGACGGUUGACACAUUAACAUUUACUAGGGCUCCAGUGAGCACCCACCUCCCGGUGUUUGAAGCUGUGCACAUGCAAAUGUAGCUGCAUCUGCCCUGCAGUUUAUUGAGAAAUACUGCUUUUUGAUAUGUUUUCUCCUUGAACUUCUGUCGGACUUGAAAACUUAAGCCAUGUGCCUACUGCAAUUAAGCUGAGGUGUGUACAUUUGAGACAGUAAUGGCACAUGCGCAAAUGACAGGACACGCACAGGUGACAGCUUCAUGAAUUAAGAGUUGGAAGGGAUGCAGCUUCCAGGAAUGUGGGUGAAGACAUUUCUGUCCUCUCUCUGGUGCCUACAACAUUGUGCAACUUGAAACGCGGGGUGGUGGAUUUUGCUUCUCAAAUGUCCACAUUCUAAGGUAUUGCAGCAGGUUGUUGGUUAAGCCGCUCUGAAGCAGCAGUUACUCACACACACAACUGCUGUGUGCAAAGGGGUAAGCAUCCAACCUGCCCAUGACUCCUGUAGGUGCAUUCCUCAUCCCUAUGUUAUCAUGAGUUGUUUUGCAACAGCUUGCCCUAGGACUCCAUCUCUGGGUGUGCAUCACUGGAGAAGACCAAAGAGCUUGCAGUAAGAGAGAAAUGGAAGCUACUGCUAUUUGACCAACAUCCUGUUUAAGAAAUACAAUGGCCCUGGGUUCAUAAGUAAUAUUUCUUUUUAGAAAUGCUCUCUGCAGCCUCAAGUUACUGAAGGAGCUACUUCCACCGCAUGCUGUUUCUUCAGUUACACUUGUUUAGGGGUUCCUUUCCUUUCUCUCCCCACAGGAACCUUUGGCCAAGCAGAACCUUGGGAAAUUUUUACCCCAUCCUCCUGGAAACAUCCCAUGGUUCCUUAUGAAAUCCUCAUCGAUCCUCAAAGUAUGCCCAUUCACCCCGUGCUAGAAGGCAAGCCCUCCGAUCUGCAGCUUCCAGAGCAAGAGAAGAGAACUCAGGAUGCUGUCACACCUAAGGUUCGUAUGUCAACUGCAGUGGUGCAGUUAAUAGGGGGAGGCCAUGAGCUACAUCCUGCCCCCACCAGUUUCUCAUGUAUGCCUUUGUCUGUGUUAUGAAAGCACUGCUAGUCAAUGCAAAAUGAGCAAAUUGAAUCGUUUUAUUUUCCUGCAACUCCAGCAAUUGUUGCUGGGGCAAUGUUUCUGUUAAGGUCCUGCUUUUUCCUUUGAAGGGAGCAAUCCUAUGGUCCUUGGGAUGGUUCUCUAGGCCCAGAUGAUUUUGCAGAUUUCCCUUUCUGAUGGCAGAGAGAGUGAGAAAGCAAAGAAUUCUGGGAGCAUAUAAGGUACAGUAAGAUAAGCACAAAGAAAUUCUAAAGCAGCCAUGACCACACCUUGCCAUUCAGUCGAUGCUAAAUGCACCUCUCUGGCCUAUUAAAAUUAAUAUGUAAAUCCAGGAGGGAGGAAAAACCUGUUAAAUGUGUACCAUGCUGAAAUAGCAACUUAAAAGGCAGAUUUUGGCAAUGAAACCUUGGAGAAUGAUUUAACAGUGUGCAAAGUACAGAAUGGAAAUGGCUGCCAUCUGAUUGGGUACCAGCCUUAUGCCAUCUGCUUCAGUAAGGAUUGUCCAACAUAGCAGCUCCCAAAACUUCCAUGGAGGAAGAUUCAAGAGCAGCAGCAGCACCGGCUGCUAUUGCUAUUCUAACAGCAGUUAAGGUGUAUGAAUAAUGCAGUGGCUGUUCUUCUGCUUUCGGCAGGAAGCAAUCUCUAAUCCCCGGCUCUCCCCGGCUCCAGUUACCAGCGAGGACAUUCAAGAUGAAAUUAGCAAGCGUCUUUAUGCAAACACUUCAAGCAGGAGGUAAGCGGGAAGCCCAGGCUGGCAAGUAAAUUGACAGCAUUUCCAGAGAGUUUUCUCUUCCCACCUGCAACUUCCUUUCCCCACCCCCUAGGUUGAAGCAUGAGCGAUCCAAGCUUUUAAACAGACGGGUUAGCCACGGGGGACCUAACACUUACCGCACAAUCAACUAUUAUGAAAUUGACAGUUUCCCAGGAAACUGCCGGAAGCCUGAUUUGUCUGUUCUUGGUACAGACAUUUUCAGUGCUAAUUACAAAGGAGCAGCCGAGUAGCAAGAAACUGAGCCCGUCAUUUGCCAAGUCACUGGAACCAAGGCCUGCUUAAAAGUCCUGGUGUAAUUUCUUCUGUUGGACUAUUCCCCACCCUUCAGCUGAAAUGGUGCUUAAUAAGCUAAACUUGCAAAGAAUUUUCCUGACCAAAAUCCUCCUCUUUAAAGCUAACAGUGUUGCUGUUCUGUUGUCUCAUUUCACUGAUACAUAUCUCUGCUCAAACGGACGACAAAAACAUUGAUAGCCAGUAUGACGCAAACUAGAGUUUAGCAGGUAUGUUUCACUUUUCUUUUUACUGUGAGAGAGACUUAAAGGCUUAAUUCUUCCACUGAAAACUGUUGGCGUUGGGUCUAGGUUCAAGUCAUAAUUUGGGUAGAUGCAUGGAAAAUCAGUGAGAUUUAAGUUAGACAUGGCUAAUUUACACCCUUGUGGUUUCAUACUUGAACUGGAGGCUACAUCCAGUCCACUGAGCCGUAAGUAUUUAAUUUUUUUAUUCAGAAAGUAUUUAUGUGCUACUAACAGGUAACACAAAACCAACACUGUAAAGAACUAGACCAUUUCAAUGAACUUUAUUAAAGCUCACUAAAGGCACCACAAGAACUUACAACAGGAUCAGUUUAACCUUCAUUCAGUUUUUUCACACAUGAAAGCGACUUGUUGAGCAAGAGACUGAACUUAAGCAAUUCUGCAUGCUGCUUCACAUAUUCCUUCUAAUUUUUUAGUCUAGCAAAUAUUAUGGACAAUGGGUACAAAGAACAUUUUCUUUUAAGUUUUGGUUUUCGUGUAUGCCUUUGACUGAAUGUCUUUUGCCAGUGGAAGAAACGUAUCAAAAAUGGAGAAGAAAGGAAAAACUACCUUGGUGUCUACAAAAGCUAGCUGCAACCCUUUCAAAAGGAGCAAUACCUUUUGUAACAUUCCCUUGAUAUUAAGUAGCUUUAACUGAUUACAAAAGGUUAAAUUCCCGCACAGAAGAUUUUGUUAAGUGUUCACAAUUCCACAGGAAUCUGAAAGUUACCAAGGCAAUUUUCCUUUUAGGAUUAUCAUGAUCUCAACUUCUACCGUUUCAAUAUAUUCGUUCCCCAAAUAAUAUAACAGAACUCAAAACUCUUUAAAACAAAUUAUAAAUACCUCCCCUCAAACAUUACAUUCCCCCCAUUCACAUAAUACAUCUGAAGUCUUUUCUCAUGAUGAAGGCUGCUCAUUGAAAUGCAUUGGGUCUAGUCGAGGUCCAUGUUAACUGGGCUCUCGUUUAUGUGACAGUCGCCAUUUUGCUGCACUGUCUCAAUGUUCUUAAUCUCUUCCAGCUCUUCGUUUUUAUGAUUAGGCGAUGGUUCUGGUGGCGCUUCCUGUUUGGGAGAGUCUACCUUUGGCUUGGGUUGGGUUACAAUGGGCUCACACAAGCUGUGCAGCUCCUAAAACAAAAAAUCCCAAAAAUUAUAUUGAUGCAGUUGACCAAUAUGUAUAAACUACUGCCUUAUUUUAGCUCAGUCACCCUGACACGCUUGAAAAACAACCACUCUGUUUAGGCCAGAAACUAAUUUACUGCGAUAACCUGGCUGAUGGCAGAAAAAUACAGCCCUGCAUCUCCUCUCCUGCUUCCCAUAACAUCUAGUAAUACAAAGUGCAUCAAAGAUGUCACCAUUCUCAAAACCUUCCCACUCCCAGAAGUGGCAGCCAAUAAGUGCAGAGAGGAAAGGAUGCAUCUUUAAUCCUAUGCCAUGUAUCAGCAAUGGGGAACCUAUGGCCCUCGUGAUUCUGUUGGAUCUUCCAUCAGCCGCCAGCCAACAUAGCCAGGGAUGUUGUAAGAAGGUGAAGGGUUUCUGGGAAUUGAUAUAUAAUGAGUUGAAAAAGAUGCUGAAAUAUACAUUUGUUAAGAAACCAGAGGCCUUUCUAUUAGGAAUAGUAGGAAAUGAGAUAAAUAGAAAGGACUGUAAACUUUUCCAAUACGCAGUAACUGCAGCGAGAAUACUACUGGCCCAAAAAUGGAAACAGGAACAACUACCGACGUUAGAAGAAUGGAGAAUGAAACUGAUGGACUAUGCAGAAUUAGAUAAACUAACGGUGAAGAUCAGAUAUCUAUGUGACCAGAAGUUCAUCGAAGAUUGGGGAAAAUUCUCAGAUUAUUUGAAAUGUAUAUGUGAUGAGCAAACAACGCUAGUGGGAUUUCAAGAAGCUCUGUGAAUAUUUGAGGAAUAUUGUGUUGAAGAAAAAUAAGAGGGUGAAGGUAUAUAAAAUGCAAUAUUAAAAAUUAGGAAAUGUGUAAUUAAAAAAAUGGAUUGUUAGAGAGGCUGAAGGAAGUCCAAAAGAGAAAAUAUGUGAUAAAUUUAGAUUGGAUAUUAUAAAUGUAUGUUGGAAAAUUAAUAAAAAUUAUUUAUAAAAAAAACCAUAGCCAGGGAUGAUGGAAGUUGUAAUCCAGCGACGUCUGGAAGGCCCCAGCCCUGCAAUAUCUCAACAUCUAUGCCUGCAUUAGUUCAUCCUGCUCUCCCCGCUUUGUCUUCAAAAUGAACUUCACCUAGGCUCGUCUAUCCUGGGAGAUGAACCAUCAGAAAGUGUUGCUGUGCCAUGAUUAACACUUACCCUCAGCUUUCCUUUGAUCUCAUUCACACGCACGACAGGAUCCUGAUCUAGACUUUGCUUUGCUUGGGCGUUCCGAAUGUUGUGUAGCCAUUCCAUUGUGUCACGGACACAUUUUUCUACUUUGUUGAUCUCAGUUUCGUCAAUAUGGAGGUACUUCUCAUUCUGAAACACAGAAUAACGCAGUACAUUGGAGAUUAUGUUUUCCCUGGCAUCCUCAAGCUGAUGAACAAGUAAUAUCCUAUAUCUGAUGCUUAACCUAGGAUGUCAGUUAUGAACCUUGGUUCCUGGCAACCAAGAACGCGGAAGUAAGUGUUCUGGUUUUCAAACGCUUUUCGUAAGCUGAACGUCUGAUGUGGCUGUCAGCUAUUGUUUCGGCUAAAGGUUGCCAAUCCCUGAACUAAGUGCUGCUUUGCAUAAUCCCCUCAAACGGGAUAAACAGGAAAGUGUGAAUAAUGAGCGCUUCCUCUUCUCCCAUUUUGGGACUCAUGUAAAGAGGGGAGUUGUGUGUCUGGCCCACAUUGUGUGAAAACUACUCUAAGAUCUGGCAAAUACAUGGCCAAUGGUCUUCCUUACAUUUUACACCCUCCUAUGUAAGAAACAAGAUUGGGCUAUAUAACCAUUUAUGGUGAAAUAUAAAUUAUCAGUUAUUGGCUAUAUAUAAAAGUACAGAAAGAUUCAUGCCUGAACUCUGCACUUCGCUAAAAAUCAUGCAAGGGAUAAUGGGUAUAUGAUCAGUCAGUGAGUUUUCUGAGGUUACUCUGGGCCAGCUCUGCCAAAAGAUUGCCAAACUCUCAACUAGAAACAGGAUUUAUGACGCUGACAUACAAGUUACAUCAGGCAGCCAAUAUUUGAUUCAAACAUUUUCCCUUGUUUGUUUCUAAUUUUUGGUUGACCAGGUGUGUGUGUGUGUGUAAUAAUUCUGCUGGGGGGAAGCUUUUAAGAUUAAUUAUUUCCGAAAUAAAAAGGAAUUCAUAUUGCAUUAAGAUUAGUUUGUGAUAAUGACAGUUUUGGAAGGAAGAUAUGGGGAAUUUGCUUUAUGACAAAAUGUGAUGUCUUCAUGAAGCUGGAAAAUUUUGAUGGGACAUGGAAAUUAAAUAAAAAUGCUUAUCUGGCCUUAAAACCAUACUGAAUUUUUGGCCAUUACCAAAUAAAAUCAAAUAUAUUAUUAAUGUGGAAGACUGGUUUGUUGUCUUCAACUUUGCAGUUUUUGCUGGGCUAGUGGCUGAAUGAAAAUCACCAUAUAAGAAAAGUAUCUCAGAGGUUUCCCCAAAUGUUUUGGACUACAACUCCCAUCAGUUGUGGGCCCAACUUUCUCUUAUUAGAUAUCAGGCAGCCACCAUUCUCACUAAGUUUCAGAUAGGCUAAAAUGGUUUUAUUUUAGGAGACCUUUUGGACCAUAAAUGCUGCUCUAAUAUCUUAUUUUUUAAAUGCUUUAAUCUAUGUCUUAAUUGUUGCGCAUUGCAGCUUUUAAUUCUUGCAUCCAGCUUUGUGGGUGUACAUUUUUUACAAACAUAUUUAUAAUUCUAAGUUAUUAGCUGCUUUGAAGACUAGUCAAAAAGUGGGAUAUAAAUCAACUGAACAAGUAGCAACAACACAUCAAAUUCGCUCUCAGUGAUAUCACACACACCUUCUUCCUGUAUUCGUCAGUAAUCCUGGCAUAGUUUUGUGCUUUAUGCUGCAACUCAUCCAGCAACCUUGGUCGUUCCUCUGCUUCUUGAUACCUUGCUUCAAUGGGAGUCCCAAAUUUCUAGAGAGACCAGAAUGAUUCACCAUACAUUCAAGGAAACAUUUAGAUGGCUUAUCUACCACCUAAAAUGCCUACGAAAAGGUCUUUGGCCCCUUGCACUGGAUCUUCCUGCCCCCUAAAGUCUCUUCUAACUCCCCCCAAAUCUAAUAAAUCAAAUGUUUAUUACGGUUGACUAACCAUUAAAUAAAUGGCAAAAUAUAAAGUAAUACAGAAAUCACAGCUGCAGGAGGACCAGCUGUAAAGGCGAAUAGUAAUGAAUUAAUCAAAGCAGGUCUGAGAGAUGCAGACUAUUGAAAUGUGGUUUUUUGGUUAUUAUAUUUUUUGAUUGGCUAUGUUAUUAUGAAAUUCUGUUUUUGUAGUGUUUGGUUGAAAUGCACCCCUGCUUCUUUGUUGUAAACUGCUUUGAGCAGGAUUUUGUGUGUGCGUAAAAGCAAAUUUACAAAUAAAAUGAGUG